GACCUUCCGUGCGUGUCGUGCCCUUCGGAAAUUCGCCAGCCGCCGAGAUAUCGGCGAUUUCGUUGUGUCUUGCAUUUUCUCUUAGGAAGCAUUGCUGGAAGUCGUGUCACCGUGGAAUUCCCUCCAUUUUCUGCGAAUAUUCCGACUGUGUGAGAAGUUUUGCAUGACAGUUGUGUGUUUUUCGGCGGUGAAGUGACGUACAGUGCCGUCGCUAAACCGUGUAAAUAAUAAUUGUAGGGGUGAAGCCAGCGACGGGAAAAGCCAAACCUCCCCGUUUAAUGGCGAAGAGAUGCUGAUGUGCCACAUCGUGAGAGGGCUUGGGAUUUCGACAUUUUCUUGAAGUUUUAUGAGUGCAUAAUUGCACUCUAGUGUAUUAUGUUAAGAUAUAUGAUAAAUAAUUCGUUAUUUUAAGCAUAAAUUUGUGACUUCAUCACGAAAAUGUUGGUAUGAAGAAGGAACGUCUGGCAUAUGUACUUGCUUACUUGUUGCAAGGGUCAACAUUUUGAAAGUGUCACACUAGAAAGCAAUGGUGGACUGAUGGUGCAACAGUUACUAGAUUCACCAGGGCUAAUCCAGAAUACUGUUACUAUUUCCGGCACACCUUCGACAGCCACUUCUAACAGACCUACCUGUGGCCAGCUUACUUCGUCGAUUUCAAAUGCGUGUACCACUAUUAGUGAAAGCAUUCCAUUGGAUGACGAUGAUGUGUUCCAGUGUGGCAGAUGCAAACAAAAGUUUUCCUCUCUUGACCAUUUCAUGGUCCAUAAACGAGACCACUGUGCAGGAAAGAAUAGUGGCUUACGAGUUGUACAGACAACCUCAGCACCCCAACAGCCAACUGUUACCGCUAGUGCCACAAGCUUUGAAAGUGAAAACUCCUCUCUUGCCAAUCAAAUACAAGUGCAGGUUCAGCCUCAUCAGUCUACGCAGGUAUCUGCAGGAUACACAAGAAGAGAGCUCCAUUCUCCAGACAUUAUUGUUAGUGAAUCAGAGUUACUUCCAUUCACAAUUGAAGCUACUCAGGUAUUACCCCUAACUGGAAAUCUGCAAACUACUAACUUUUUGCCUGUGUCCAGUGGGACUAAAGUUUUAUCAUCAGCUGUGUCUCCACUUUUAACCACAACAGCAUCUAUCAGCUCUCCUUUGGAUGUAGUUGGGUCAAGUUUGUCUCCAAGUCAGACAUUAACAACAAUUGUUGGAGGAGUUGAGGAAACAAAUGAGGGGGAGGAGGGCGACAAUGGUACCAUUACUAAUCAUGUUGAAGUUACCUUGGAAGAAAAAGAUGAUGUUGCUUGUUAUAAUCAUGAAUUCUUCCAUGGUGGAAUGGCAAAAACUGCUACAAGUAAAAGUGACACUGUAAAAACAAAGCCGAAGCAUAAAUGCUCAUUUUGUGGGAAAGAGUUCAGCAAGAACUUCGAUCUCCAGCAACACAUUCGUUCACAUACUGGAGAGAAGCCUUUCCAGUGCAUUGUGUGUGGCCGUGCUUUUACCCAGAAAAGUAAUGUGAAGAAGCACAUGACAACACAUCGUGUGUGGCCAUUUGGUUCAUUAAGUGACACGUUACCUAAAGAUCCCAUCAAGAAGCUUUUAUUGUCACCAUCUGUUUCAUCUGUUGAUGUUGUGCCACAAAUGGAUCUUCUUGGAAAUGUGGUCAUAAAAGAAGAGGUCUUGGUGGAUGAUUCUUACGUUUGCCAGUUUUGCGGAUAUUCUCUCAGCAGCUACGUAGAACUACGUACACACAUGAAAAUCCAUGCUAAUCAAAAGGUAUACCGCUGCAUCCAGAAAAAUUGUGACCUGGCAUUUGAGGACCUUGAUUCGUAUCUUGACCACAUACGCACACAUGACAAAGAUCUUCAGUAUCGAUGUCAUACGUGCUCCAAAGUUUUCUCCUCUCUCAACACUCUUGGUUACCAUCAGUAUGAACAUUCAGUGUAUCCUCAACCAAAAAAGCCUGUGGGCACAUCCUUCAGCAGAUGUCCAAAGUGUAUGAACAAGUAUGCCAGUAAUGAAGCUCUUGAACAUCACCUGAGAACUUCAUCACAUCAUUAUCCUUGUAAAUUAUGUGGCAAAGUGUUCAUGUCAGAGCGGCUGCUGAGACGCCAUCUUAGAGUUCAUGGGACAGUUAACCUUUACACCUGCUCAAUAUGUACAAAGGAAUUCAAGUCAGAAUAUUCCCUGAAAUUGCACCAGCUGAUUCAUACCGGAGAGAAGCCGUUUGAAUGCCAAGUAUGUAAGACUGCAUUUAAUCGCAAAGAUAAGCUGAAGCGUCAUAUGCUCACUCAUGAAACUAAGAAGUUCAAGUGCCCCUUUAAGUCAACUAUUGGGUGCAUGAGAGAGUUCAGUAGACCAGAUAAAUUGAGAGUUCACAUGAUUACUCAUGUUGGAGGCCGUUCCCGAUCUCGACGUAAAAGGGGCAGAGGAAGAACAAAUAAUGUUGGUCGAAGGGAUCAGACCAUUAAGCCAGAGGCGAGGGAGACAGAGGAAAAUAAGUGUUCAGUUUGUAACUUACCUCAUUCUGGAGAUGAUCAUAAGUGUCUGGUUGUAGAAAGUAAAGAUGCUCAGUUAACAGCAGUUGAAGAAACAGGAGAAUCUAGCAUCCUUGCCACACAUGUAUCUCGAGCUCGGCCAAUACGCCAGGCUGUAGCACGAAGGGCCAAGGACCAAACAAGAUACGGCAGCAGAGGUGCUGGACGAAAAAAGAGGGGAGGAGUUUCAAAUCAGAUACCUCCCCCUCCUCCUCCAGUCCCUCCUACUUCUCAGCCCCAAGAAGAAGAAGAGCAAGCAAAAGUUGAUAACCAGAACUUGGAAUCUCAAGAUGCCAUACCACAGGAAGAAGAAACCAUCAUACCUGUACAUUCAGUUGAAGGAGUAAAUGAAAUUGGAAACAAAGGAAACACAAAGAAUGUAGAAAUUAUAUAUAUACCCUUUUCACUGCCGCUUACACGCCCAAUUCAGGCCGAGCUUAUACGAGCUAUGUCAAGUGAAGAAGAGUGUCAUGUUACAAGUGAGAUUCUAGAAGGAGGCCCAACAAUUACCCUUGAUGGUACGACCUCGUCUCUCUUGGUAGGGAAUAAUUCGGUGGUGCCCUUGGUGAGUCCUACCUCAGUUCAUGCAGUAGAUACAAUCCAAACAGACCCCUUGCAAAAAGAAUCCCAGGAAUUACAGGCUAUAUACAGUCCAUCAGCACAACAAAUAAGUGCUGGAAGUUCAGCUCACAUAGUAGAAACCUCCUUAACUGGCACUCAUAUACAGACUAUGCAGUUAGACCAUGAAGAUGGUAUGGAAGAAUCUCAGUUAGCUCACACUCACAUUUCUCACCUCACCACUUGUAUAUUGCCAGAUCAAACAUAAUUGCCAAUUUUGAAUAAACUUUUAUGAAAAAGCUGACAUGCUAUACUGUACAGCUCCCCAAAAGCUUCAUGUUGUUGAGUGAUAUUUUUUAUUGUGCAAUUGAAUUGUAAUGAGGAAUAAUACUUAAGCUGUUGGUGGAACAACAGAGCAUAUUAUUUUUUUAUGUGGGUGUCACAAACAUAGGUUUGUAUUAACUGUUUCUGCGUAAAGAAUUUUUACUUUUAUGUUUAGAGGAAAACAUUAACACCAGAAGGCUGAACUGAAGUAAUCACAGGAGAUUUUUAAAACAACCUCUUUUUGUCUUUUGUCUAUGGUGUCUUCUUUAUAAUUAUAUUCAGGUCUCUUACUGUUGACUGCCAGUUUUUUUAUUUCAACAUCAUUUGCAGUUACCUGUUAGCAAAUUUCAGCAGAAUUUUCAUGGAUUUUCGAAUUCUAUAAUUCCAAGACACGUAGUUGUGGGUAUAACCACAUACAGUCUAGUAUUAAAGCUCUGCAAAGAUUUUAUUUCAGAUUUGCCUUUCAAGGAUAUCAUGUUACAAAGUUUUUUUUAGUAGAUUUAUGAUGUCUUUGUGUUUUGGAAAUGAAUAGGAUGUUUUUCUAUAUGUAAUUAGGAUAGCUUGAGUGUUUUUAUCAAAUUAUUAUAAAGUUUCUGGUUGUACUGGUUUGCUAUUAUGCAUAUUGAUUGAAUAUCACAAUGUUAAAAGAAAGGUGUCGCAUGUAAUUCAGUAGCAUAUCAGAAUUCGUUUCUCAGACUGUUUUUGAGAGAUGUUAUAUUGAAAGAGUACUUCCUGAAAUUACAGUGCCUCUUCAUAAUUCAUAUGUGUUAUGAUAUUCUUCACCAUCUUGAUAACCUUUACAAAAUUUCCAUCCCCCUUAGGUAUGAUAAUCGAGGCUCAUUUCUGUUACUGGCAUUAUACAUUUGCCUCCUCAUCACCAGUUUGUUCCUCACAUCACAAACUGUGACUCUUGGAGAGUUUCCUCUUAGAUAACUGUGUAAUAGCGUCGUUCUCCUUCAUAUUGUGGCACGUGAUGUUGGUGCUUUAUAGAUUGGUUUAUUGGUCAGUCCUAUUGGCCUCGCAACUCCAUAGGUCAUAGGCAGUGCAAGAACCUAUUUGGUAAAAAAAAGUCAAAGUGUACACACAUUUCCAUGCUUCCAUAUCAGCUAUGUAAAAUGACUCCUAAAUUAACAUUCAUAAUGACCAUACAUAUCUAUGAACAAAUCCAUUUAUAAGCAAAAAUAUGGAAACCUUUUGACAUCUUAGUAUUAUUAAAUUACUGUACUAAGGAAUCAUAUUUAUCAAGAGGACAAGAUUCUCCUUUAAACAAAAGUAACACUAAAUUUGAAAUCAGCUUCCGCUUUUAAUUAUCUUGGAUAGGGAUAAAUGCAGAAAAGAAAAAUAAAUAAAUGUGUAUGAUAUGAAUCAAAUAAUAAAAGACAUACGGUAGCAGAGUAGGAGGAGAAUGGAAAAACACAAAGUUUAAACACUCCAUUUGAACAAACAUCAGGCUUACAAAAGACAAUCCAGUAGACAAGUUACUAUGAAAACACAGGAACCAGGACUUGAGACCUAGUGGUAAGCUCACUUUCACUGCCUCGCAAUGUCACAGCUGAUUAUGACUUUGGUAAAAUAUGUUAUUUAUAGUGCAACCUUAUUGAGUUACAAUAUGGAACAACAUAAUUACAGUCUAAACCAACAUUAUCGAAUACCAUAUUCUUUAAUCUGAUGUAGAUCAGUACCUUACAGAAUCUUCUAGUUUAUACACUUCAUAUUCACAUGGUGAAGUAUCUAAAGGAAAUGUCCGAGCUGUACGUAAAAUAACUUGCCCAUUAUUAGGACAAAAUGUUAUUUUCUGUUUGAAAUGAAAUUUAUCAAUUGCAAUUGCUCUACUUUGGCAAAAUUUAUUAAUUUAAAUAAUUCUACUAAAGAAGAAAACGUUUUUGAAAGUGGAUUUGUCUACUGACCAAAAGCUGUUUGUUAGUUAUAAAAUUGUAUCCUUGCCCCUGUUUUACUUUAACAAAUUUAUAUUGGUCUUAAUUUCUGUUUCCAAGUAGUGAUCAAAUAUCCCUCCAACCACUCUUCUCCUCAUUAUUACAUCGAGCAACUUGCUUUUACAUCUACUCUGUAGUAAUGCAUGACCAGAGGAACUCUUUUUCUCAUCAUUUUAUCUUGAGAAUGCUAAUAAAUAUUGUACAUUUGAAACCAUGUAUGUAUAGGUAUUACCAACAAGUGUAUAUAUAUGUGUUUAUUGUUACCAUUCUAUUUUUUAAAAUGUAAUUACAGUUCAUUGUUUCCAAAUAUAAUCUAAAUAUUAAUGUCUAAUCCUUUGUGCCAAAUAUAAGAAAAGAACUGGUUUUGAUAAAUUCUGAUAACAACAGGAAUAGUAUUAAGGAUAAUUUGCUUUCCAACAAGUGCAAUACUUUUAUUAACGUUUAUCACUUUCCAUGCUUAAAAUGCCGUGUAUAGUAUUACAUGUAUAGUAAUUUAGGUGAUGAUGAUCUCUGUAUUCGUGAAAAAGGAUUUUAUACUUGAAAAGAUUCUUUAAUUUUAUAUUUUAUGUGUUCAUUUUCUGUACAUAGUUUUGAGAUUUUCUCAUGUCCGUUUGAGUGUUGUGCAAUGGUUUUGUAUCCUACGUGAACUGCACAAGAGUUAAUGCAAAACUUAUUUGUUAGGUAGUUUGCAUUCUUCAUUGUUCUUUAUUCUUGUGUUGGAAGAUGACUAAAUUUGCAAGUCUUCAUACAUUUUUUUACAGUGCAAUAUAGUUCAACCCAGUGUCCUCUUAACACAGUGGACCAUCAAAGUUUGCGUAUUUAGCAAAUGGAAUUUGAGUUAAGUCCUCAAUGUAUUUAGUAGAAAUCCCAUAAAAUCUUUCAGAAUUGAAGUCUUCUUUAAGUAUGCAACAUGUUCUGUAUGAAAGUAAAUUUACUGUAUAAUUUAGAAAAUAUAUGGAACAAAAUGCAGUACAUACAGUACUUAAAGACAAUAUUAAAUAUACAGGAUCACUGAUUACUAUAUCUCAGAGUUCUACAUUUUGGGUGAUAAAGAUCCUUAGACAAAUUUUUUAUGAGAGUUAUCACUACACCAUUUAAUCCUUCAGAGAAAAUGAUCAGUUUUGGUAAUUCACAUGUUACCAAGAAAUGCAAUUUUUUUUUUCUAUGAAAAUACAUUGUCUUGUUUUUGUACUUUUUAUGUUUUUUUUUCCCAUUAUGUUAAAGCUUCUGUAGAGCCUUCAUAUACUUUAGUUAGUUAACUAUCUCAAUUCCCAAUAAAUGGUUUUAGGUUACUGAAGCAUCAUCUAAUGUUAUAUCUAGUGCAAUUAUAUAAACCCACUGUAGCACCAUUGUAAUGUAAGGAAAUCAACAAAAGUGGAUGUCAAGUAUCACUUUUUCAUGUGCCAGAGAGUACCUUGAACUCUCAAGUUGAAAAUGUAAGCAAUAUCAUGUAUGGGUACUAUUUGGAAUUGUGUACUGUUACUCUUGACAGAGUGUGAAGGUGACUUUCAUAUGUCAGAUUGUACUUAUUGUUAACUUGAAAUCUUUUUACCAUAAGUUGAAAAGAUUUCAAGUUAAUGAUAAGUGCUUUGUACAUCUUAUUAGCUUACUCUCCUUCCAUACCUUAUUUACCUUAUUAGCUGAUCUGUAUUUGUUAUACUGUUUGCCUGCUAUUGUUCCUUAUACCUGAUGAGUUUACCUUCGCUCUUCUUACCUAUUGUGAGUGUAGUAUCAUAACCAGUUAUUAAAAGUUAAAGAGUGAAUUUUCAUGAAUUAAUCAAUUCAGUCUUGAAGGUUUUCUUGAAUUCAUGGUCUCUAUCACUGUUAUUUUCAAGUAUCCACACCUGACCACUAAGUUCAUGCUCUUUAACAAAGUCUUGAAUAAAUUAACCCUGCAAAAUAAAUAAAAAGACAGGGAUGUGGUUGUACAGUACUGAGAACACAUCAAUACCACUUUUCCUAAGAUCAUUUUUAUCUCAUUACAUUUCCCUCAAAAUCAUAUCUUUCAUUUCACCUUCAACUAGUAUGCUUCCCUCCCCCAGUUUGGGAAAUGUAAUUGUACUUGCUGUAGCCCAAACAUUUGUGUUGUUCCUUAUAUACUACUAUGCUUUGUUCCUAUAUACUACUAUGCUUUGGCUUGCUUUAUUUCUGUUUUUGUUGGGGAUUCUUUGUACCCUUUCACUCUAAAGACCUUGAUAAUGGUUGGAUUGUCAAAAGACUUGGAUCUCGGCAAACUGUUAAAAUGGAAUAGCCUAUAGUACAAUCAUAAUACAUAACACUGUUUUACCUGGGUUAUCUCAAUAAAGUUUUAAUAACGAUAGAACGAAUUGCAAAGUAAUACAGACUCUCCUCUAUUUACGACGAGUUAUGUUCCAAACUGUUUUUCAUAUCUUGAUUUGUUCGUAAGUCCAACUUGAUAGUAUACGCAGUCUCAAUACAUACAAUAUUAUUGAUGUUUUUGCAUAUUAAAACACAAUGUACUGUUACUGCACUGUAUUUUAUAGUAUUUUAUUUAUAUGAAAGAUAUAUAAAACCUAACGAUAUUAAGUAAAUUGUAUAAUAAUAAUAUAUUACACUUUUUCUUACCUUUGAACAAAUUUUGAUUUACAAUCACGGUUGUUCUGGAAGUUCGUAACUUGAAAGCUCCCAAGUAGAGGAGCGUCUGUACAGUAGUCUUUCAGCCAAAAUGAAUAUAAGAGUAUUAUAGUAGUUUUGGUUCAUAAGUAACUGUUAGAAACCAGUAAACGAAAGAGAGAGAUUAAUAUUAUGACCCAUUUUCAAUAGAUUUCUUUCCACCUUAUUCUCACAUUUUCGUUGAAACCUCAUAUUCUUUGUAAGCUUGAAUUUCAUGUAAGUGGCCCCUCUGGGCUUGUUCCAUAUGAAUAGGGUUCAGCUUCUGAAUAUUAUUAUUAAUAAUAGAACUGCCAUUAUGAUUAUUUACCAUAACUUCACAACCUGUUAUUGCCUAACUGUUUUACUCUUUACGUGUGCCUGUAUCUUAUUUUAUUGUUGUUUUAACAUUAAAUGCUAAUAACAUUUUUAACUGAAAAUGCAGUAACAGAUCUAUUCCAAAUUUUUUUCUUAAGUUUGGCUUCUUGCGUCAAUUUUUCCGUAACUUUGGAUCUUGUUUCACAUUUAUCUUUUGCCUGUGUAUAAAAAUCAACAAAAUAUGUCAUAAUUAUUGUGAAAUCUGAAUUAGGGAGUUGUAUCAGUUUUGUUAAUAAUUAGGAUAAAUGAAAUUUUAUUAUGGAGGCCUCAGUAAGAAUAUAUUGUGUAGCCACAUUUUGAAAAACUACAUUUUUGUUUAGCAUGUGAAUGCUGAACAUACUGUAGUCUUCUUUCACGCAUCAUACAUUUUACUGUAAUAUUUCUCAUACUUAACUUUCUGGCUUCCCAGCAUAAAUUUUUAUCAUAUCUGAUAAAUUUCUCAUCGUGUGUGUUUCCAGUGUGUUUUGACAAGUGGACAUGUUAACUAAUGCUCACAAUGUAAGAAAUAUCAGAUAGUACAAAUGUUAACGCAGUAAAGGAUGAUCUCGGAUAAAAA